AGCUUUAUAGAGCCACGAACCCAGAUUAUACAAACACAGAACCGACUGACUACGCUGAUGUUGUUUCAGCACAAACCAAAGAUCAGGUCUACACAGAACUGGACAGAAAUAGACAGAGUCACGUGUAUCAGAGUCUCACAGCUGAUCCUCUACAAGAGUCCAUAUAUCACACUCUUGAUCAGACGAAAGGCUGAAUCGGCCAAUCAGAAUCCUAGUUACAAGCAUCCAAACUUUGUGUUGCUUUCAUAAAAUCAGCUUAAAAAAGUAUUUACUUAAUAAUAUACAGAAAUACUAUUCCGAUUAUCACCGAUUAUGCUUUGAAUUUUCAGCUGUAUUUUUUGUCUUGCUGUCCAGUAAAAAUAUUGAAAUCUUUUGAAAACAAGUUUAAUUUGCAUUUACUUAACAUUGACUUCAAAUGAACCAAUUCACUGUACAUUUCUUUUAGAAAAACACUUUCAAUAGUCAGAACGUCACUGUAGGACUUAUAAUUAAAUGUAAUAGCAUGUUUCUGUGUGAAAAAAAAGUUUAAUAUGGAAAAUACUUCAAAUGGCUGCAUUUUAUGGUUAAACGUUCACACCGACGGGGAAGUUGGAAAGUUCAGUACAAUGCAUCUGAACUGCUUACUUUGUAAAACUAGCUACAGUCUUAAGUGUGGUUGAAGAGUGGUACUAAAUAGUAACAAGGAAGUGAGAGAAAGCCUGCCAGGCAGAUUUACUUUUAUUCUCUACAUACACCAGAAUCCAUUAAAAAGCACUCGGCAUGUGGAAGGCGAGAGUCAUUUGUUUCUGCUUCUAUGCAGCCAGUGUAAUGGAUAGUAGCUGUGCCAUUAUCGUGUAUGAAGGAAAAUAUGUAACAUUUAAAGCCACUUAUUCACCGAGCUAUGAGUCAAACGUCAAGUACUUCGGCAGAACCGAUGGCUUCUUGUACUUUGAGAAACUGGUUGAAACGUCUCGUCCCAACCAAUGGGUAAAAAAGGGACGGUUCGCUCUGUUUGAUAACUCAUCCACGCACGUCCUUACUGCCACAAUCAUGGGAUUGAUCUCAGAGGAUUCUGGCAGUUAUUUGUUCGGCGUGGAUAUUAAACUGCUGCCCGAUCUGACCGGUGAAGAGAUACAGCUGACUGUCAUCAGAGGUGAAGACCAGAGAACCACAACUCCAGCGAAAGUGACUGUCUACAGCACGAGCGUUCCUGCAGAGAUCACAACACAGAACCGGGCCAAGACUAGAGAUCAGGAAUCUCACGCCAGGUUCGUGACCGUACUGAGUCUGGUGUGUGUUUGCACACUUUUGGUUGUGUCUUCAUUCGUUCUGUUUAAAGUAAAAAACUGGCCCACCACCUGCAAGCUGCCAGUUUCUGUGUCUUAUCACACGAGGAAGACAUCGACUCAAGUUGUUGACGAGUAUGUGAAAAUGAACUCUGUCGACCUUAUAAACUCUCCCACGACUCAAAGUGAUAAGGGUUCAGCGUUCGAGGACUUCCGCCGGCCUACAAACACAGACGCCUGCAACACAGACCUCGCACAAACAGAUUUGGACCAGAUCUACACUAAAAUGAAGCCCGAAUUAGCUCAAGAGUCCAUUUAUCAGAGUAUUGAUUAAAGUACUGACUGACUGCAGGUGACUCAUUAAGGGUCAAUUAAAAAUUACAUUUUCUCCACGUUCUUCCUGAAACUGUUUGUUAGGAACUCUUUGCAAUAAAGGUUCCUUUUGUUAACAUCAACUAAAAAUGAAAAAUACUCAUGAAGCAUUUAUUAACACUAACAUUUACUAAUUAAUCAAACUCAAAACUUACUUGCUGUCAACAUUAUUAUGUUACAUAUAUUAUUUAAUGGACCUGAGAUAACAGGUUUUAUAAUAGUAACUAGUGGUAACAAAGAUUAGUAUGUGUGACCACAAAACCAUCAUAAGUGGAAUUUUAUUAUUAUUAUUAUUAUUAUAUUUUCUUUUUCUAUAUCUGAAAUUAGAAUGAAAAAGCUUUAUGUAUGAUUUAUUAGGAUAUGAUAAUAUUUGGCUACAACUGAACAUCUGGAAUCUAAGGGGGGUGCCAUAAAAAUGUAAAUAUUGAAAAAAAUUGCCUUUAAAAGUUGUCUCUCUUUUUCGACAAAUGUAAACUAGGAAUUUUACAAAAUACUUGAAUUCACCAAUAAAGAAAAAUCAUUCAA